AUGUCAUUACCACAAUCACAAAGAUCAUUUUCAUGUAUCAUACCAACCAUAUUACUGAUUAUUAUUUUUAUAUGUCCAAUAAAUGGAUUUGAAUCAAGGAAGCUUGAUGAAACAGGCUCAUCUUCCGACCCAAGUAUAAAGUGUGGUGGUUGUUCACCUUGUGGUAAUCCAUCAUGCUACUUGAGUCCACCACCGCCAACGCCUUCACCACCACCACCAUCACCACCACCACCGCCGCCUAAGAAAAAACCGGUCUCGCCUUACUGCCCACCACCACCUUAUUCACCAGGAACAGGUAGCGGCGGUAGUGGUGGUAGUGGCGGUAGUGGCUUUGACUACAUGACCGCGCCCCCAGGCCAACUCUACCCUGUUGUUGAUCCCAACUAUUCCGCUUCACCUCGGAUUUUUGCAGCUGCUACAAAUCAACUAUUUGGGUUUGUUUUACUAGGAUUUUUAAUUUUGUGGUCUUAA